CUGGCUGAGACAGUUCAUGCUAACGUUUGUUAUGCUAGCGAUAAACAAGACGUCACAGAGGCUUCAAUGUCCAUUUUAGCGCCAGUCAGCCAGUUAAUGCCACAAGUCCGUGUUAUCUACCUUGCGUCAUCGCCCAUAUUACAUGGCUGUAACUUUGCUAUGCAUUUGAAGCUGUCGGGGAUGACAGACUGUUGUAACGGUGUUGUGUUGAGUUUAGCUAACUCGGCUAACGGUAAUUUCCAUCACAUACAGUAAGCUAACGUUAGCCACCAAGGCCGAUCCGUUAACUUAGGCUACCUCAACGCCACCGUUAUGUAAACGCUAACCAUUUUUCUUGUUUUUUUUCUUGUUCUGGGCGUCAGACUCAUUUGUCUGAGAUGAGCCUAACGUUAGAUUAGCCUGACAUUUGCUUUAUCGGUGUUUAAAUGGAUCUGCCUAAGCUAUUUGUAACUGAGUCAAUCAGCUGAUCGCUGGCUGCUGAGUAUUCAGCUUGAACUAGUAUGGAUGUUGAUGACUGCAAUGGCCGGUCUUACAUAUCAGCUAGUGGAGACUCUUCAAUGGAAAGAGAGUUUUCUGGGGCCCUUGGAGGUCCAACUGUGAGCACCCCAAACAGCAAGGAGACGUCUCCUAGUCGCUCCCUCAGUGCAAACUCCAUUAAAGUGGAGCUGUAUAGUGAUGAAGACCAAGGCCGCAGCACUGAAGAUGAAAGGGGGGAGCGUGUAGAGGAAGGAGGUCCAGAGCAGGGAUCUGAUGCUGUUGGAGGCUACAGAGAGCUCACCAAUCCCGAAACCAUGCAAACUGGAGCCACCAGGCUGCCAAAUGGAAAGCUCAAGUGUGACAUCUGUGGAAUGAUUUGCAUCGGGCCUAAUGUUCUCAUGGUGCACAAACGCAGCCAUACAGGUGAGCGACCAUUCCAGUGUAAUCAGUGUGGCGCCUCCUUCACUCAAAAGGGUAACCUGCUCCGCCACAUCAAGCUGCACUCGGGGGAAAAGCCCUUUAAAUGUCCCUUCUGCAGCUACGCCUGCCGAAGACGAGAUGCGCUCACUGGCCACCUUCGCACUCAUGCAGUGUCCUCUCCAACUGUAGGGAAGCCGUAUAAAUGCAGUUACUGUGGCCGUAGUUACAAACAGCAGAGCACCCUGGAGGAGCACCGCGAACGCUGUCACAGCUACUUACAGAGUCUGGAGUCACAGCAGCCAUCCAGUGCACAGAACCAAGGAGAGGAGAUGAGAGAGCUAGAGUUUAUACCAGACUCUCUACUGCAACCCUCCUCAGACAAGAUGGCAUUUAUUGAUCGGCUCACCAACAGCAUCACCAAACGCAAGAGAUCCACGCCCCAAAAAUUUGUAGGACAGAAGCACAUACGCCUCAACCUUGCAGAUGCACCUUAUGAGCUCAGCACUGGUUUGGAUAAAGAUGGUGAGAUGCACGGAGGGGACCUCGACACCCCGCACUUUACUGGUCUGGGAGGAGAAUACGCAGGUGUAGCAGGUAAUGGAGGCGGAGGGGUGUCAGAAACCCUGAGGCCUCUACACCUUCCCACCACUCACCCUUCAUGUUUAUCAGAACUCAGGCCAAUCCAUAGCUCCAUCCACACCUCUGUGGCUCUCGGCCCGAGGCUGGAUUGCACAGGGACUGGAGCUGGGCUGGGAGUUGCAGGUGUGGGAGGGAGGGAGGCAGCAGAGGGUCACGAAGAUCUGCCUGCGGGUCGCAGUCACGCACCCUCACCGAGCAACGGUUGCCAGGACUCUACAGACACAGAGAGCAUGCCAGACGAGCCUUGCAACAGCACCGAUCCAACUCCGACCCUGCACAGUAACAACGGCCAUCAUCCUCAACACUCCAACAACCAUCACCCAGCACCUCCUCCCGCUGCACACCACAGGAGUCGGGAUAGGCACAGUCCCAGCCACGCCAAAGACAGGGAGGUGGAAAGAGAGGAUGGAGGCCACUCAGCCCUCCCACCUCCUGCCCUCGCGCCAACUCCAAGCUCACCUACAGUUCCCUCCUCCACCUCUAGGGAGGCUUUUCGGGUUGUAGACGGGGAGGGGCGAGCUGUGCGCUCUUUUCGUUGUGAGCACUGCCGCGUGCUUUUCCUGGACCAUGUCAUGUUUACCAUCCAUAUGGGCUGCCACGGUUUUCGCCAGCCUUUCGAGUGUAACAUCUGUGGCCACCGCAGCCAGGACCGCUAUGAAUUUUCGUCACACAUCGUCCGCGGGGAGCACAUCCUUGACUGAGGAUAAAGGAUGGCCAACCUGUUUCACCUAGAGCUAUUUUUACACUGAGACAAGGACCUGGCUGGGUUUGGUCUGCACACAAGCUAUAGGAAACACUGAUGACUUGAUCCUGAUAUAAAUAUUUUAAACGGUCACUAGCACAGAGGCAUGCACCAGCAAGCUUAUUUGUGUGUUUUCUAAAACUAAAAUUGUGGUCCUUGUGAUUUUUAAUGCACUUUGAACAAUUAAUCAACUUAAAAUGCACUUUUAAUUCAAUGUAUUCUAAAGUAGAUGAAGAGCCAAUGCACUUUAUCAUCUGCAGAUGUGCCUUGCUCCAAAAUUCAGGAUUCAAACCUGAUGCACAAAUUGUAGUUAAGUAGACAAAUCUGACUUUAGUCCGUCACCUGAAAACUGUCCCUUCUUGUGCACUUUAACAGAAAUAACGUAUAAAAUCUUAAUGUGAAGUUUAUAGGCUCACCUACAAUGGAAUUUAUGAAGAUGUUAUGCCUUGUUCUAAAAGCACUUAUUCAAUGAAAUGAUUCCCUAAAAAACAUUCUGGUUUUUUUCGCUUAGGGUUGACUGUAAUAGAUUUUCCUUUCUUUUUUAUGAGAAAUGAAGUGCAGACCAAACUCAAACCAGGUCCAAGUCAAAUAGAUGUAUUUGGGGGGUUGUCUGUGAAUUAGAAAUGCACUUUUUGUUUUUAGCGGGGUUGGGGUGGAAAGGGGUGGGUGUCUGUGUGUGUGUGUGUGUGUGUGUGUCUGUGUGUCUGUGUGUCUGUGUGUCUUAUGGAAGUCAAUUGAAUAAGUAAAACGGAAAAUGAAGGCCUUUGUGUGAAUGCUGUGAGGCGUGGUGUAUGAAAUGUUUGUUUUUUCUUUUCUAUGACUGCUUUUGUUGCACUGAUACCUGCCAGAAUACUAUGAUUAUAUUAAACUAUUUUAUGGAAUACA